GUCUCUCAGGUUUCUCUCUGGCACAAGUCAUCAUGUCGUGCGAUUUCACAUCGGCUCGAAAAAUUAGAAAAUCUAAUGUGGAGAAAGCUAUACAAAUGAUAACAAAACGUAACUAUGAUAAAAAACGGCGAAAGAAUAUGGAAGAAAUAGCUAACGAUCGUAAAACCCAUUAUUGCAAGAGUUUCCAGAGCAGUAGAAGAAGCAGAACGUCACUCGUAGGAUUUUCAAAAAGUCUGGCACUGUCGGAGAUGCAAUCGUACAUCACUCGUCAAGAUUGGAACCAUGCGUUAAAUUUAUUCCCUAGACUUCUGGAAUAUCCAAUUGAAUUAGAACCUUUAAUAUGGCGAUAUGCAUUUAUCAUUUUAUUACACACGAACGAUCCGUCACAUCUCCGGCAAUUCUUCGAGCAAUGUGUCGGUAACCAUAGUUUAGAUAAUAGAAUAUUGUUAGAAAGAUUAUUGUCAUUACCUCUUAAAGAAUAAACAAAUUUCAAGAUAAA